CAGCCGAUUUUGUAAUCAAACAGGCAAGUAGAACAAAAUAAAAGGAAAUUAACAAUUAUUUAUUGCACUAAGUGACACAUCUACCUUGUUGUAUUAUACUUCUUAAAAAUGCCGGAAAUAUUGAGCUGUGAUUUUGAAGUACAUGGAAUAGUUCAAGGAGUAUCAUUUCGAAUGUACACCGAAAAGCAAGCAAUAUCUUUAGGUGUGCGCGGAUGGUGUAUGAACACACCGUACGACACUGUCAAGGGACAAAUUGAGGGAACCACCGAGACCUUCGAGCAAAUGAAACAUUGGCUGCAGAAAACGGGAAGUCCUACUAGUCGCAUUGAUAAGGCCGACUUCAGCGAGACAAAAAAAUUACAAGAUUUCACAUUUUCGAAUUUUUCAAUUCGCCAUUAAUUAUACGUAGCUAUUAUGUAAAUAUUUAUGUGUGAAUAAACGCGAACGUAAGAACCAAA